CUCAGAACUCCAUCACUACCCAACAUGGUAUCUCCUUCGCAUGAUUUUCUAUUUUCUCUUCAUCUUCAAUGUUCCAACUAAUGUUGCUUCCCCAGAAAAUGCAAGAAAAUGGAUACACAAUGUGCAGUUUCAACAAUCCAACCCUCCACCUCCACACCCUCCCACUUCUUCAAGCCUCACCCCACCAAACCUGGUCUACGGAUCCCCUCCCCCUCAUUACUAAUGAUGGACUCGUAGCCAACUUUUCCAACUUGUUUCCCCUCUCUCCAUCUUUCCUCUCUUUCUCUUCAUCUCUCCUACAUCUUAACUUCACACUUCAUCAGAACGCAUCUGAAAGCAAGCAUAUUAACAAUGGCAGGCAAGAGCUACAAUGUUGGUGUGAUCGGAUAUGGGUGAGUGAAAGGAGCCCUUUUACCCCACCACUAUCAAGUUUGGGAGCAGAAAACUAACCUUGCGAUAUAGCAUGUCUGCGAAGGUCUUCCAUAUUCCUCUAGUCCAAGCUACCCCUCAGUUCAAGCUUCAUGCCAUCGUACAACGUACUCCUAAGCCCGACGAUGAUGCCUCCAAAGAUCAUCCGGGUGCCAAAAUAUACCACAGUGCCGAGGAAAUGUUUGCCGAUUCUUCACUCGACAUAAUUGCCAUUACUACAACUCCCGAAACCCACUUCUCCUUUACAAAAGCGGCUAUUGAAGCAGGCAAACAUGUCAUGGUGGAAAAGCCAUUUGUUCCAACAAGCGCUGAGGCACAAACUUUGGUUGAGCUAUCCGCAAAGACAGGAAAGCUGAUUUGUGUGUACCAAAACCGAAGAUGGGAUUCGGAUUUCCUCACGGUCAAAAAGUUGUUGGAUGACGGCACAUUUGGAAGAUGUGUAGAAUUCAAUACUCACUUUGAUCGAUACAAGGCUGUUCGUCCUGAUUCCUGGAAGGGAACUUUGGGAAUGGACCAAGCUGGUGGUGUUCUAUAUGAUCUGGGGACACACUUGAUUGAUCAAUCGUAUGUGCUUUUCGGUAUGCCUGCAAGUGUUACAGCCUUUUUCGCAAACCAGAGAAACGACGGCCACCCGGAACCAGACAGUAUUACUGUCUUGCUACAUUACGCAAACAAUGGACCACUUGUUACCGUGAAGGCGGGUGUUAUGUCUGUGGAAACCAAACAACUACGAUACUGGGUUCGAGGUGCCAAGGGCAGCUUCAAGAAAUUCCACCUCGAUGUCCAAGAGGAUCAAUUGAAGGCUGGUCAGAAGCCAGGCGAUGCCGGAUUUGGCGUUGAGAGUGCCGAAAGUUCAGGUACCUUGGUUGUCAUGGAUGGAGAACAGCCAAAGGAGCGCACGCAUGCCAACAUUGCACCCCUCACUUAUGGUACUCUCUACUCAAGAUUUGCGAGUGCAAUUGAAGGAGGUGGAUUCGAUGCUGUGCCAGUCAAGGCAACUGAAGCACGAGAUGUUUUGAAGAUCAUUGAGGCAGCCAAGGAGAGUGCGUCGGCUGGAAAGACUGUGAAAGUGUCUGCGUUUGCAUAGAAUCCCGAGUAUUCCUAAAAUACAAGCAUUGACUUGCACAUUCCAUUCAUUCAGGCUUCUAGAAUCACAUCAAGCCGUUGACUUUGUAUUUUGCCUCUAACG